AUGGAAGAAGUUUGGGACGAUAUCAAUCUUGCAUCUCUUAACGACCACCCCACAGACUUCCGUGGAAUGAUCCUUCAAGAUUUCUUGGCCAGACCCUGUUCUAAUAAAGAUUCAGUACCCACUGCUAGCGUCUCUUCUGGUUUUGCAUCUCCGGCGCCGCCACAUCCGACAACUAUGCUCACCUUGAACUCAAUACCUGAACGGUUCCAUUUCUUCGGAAACUCAGAUCCUCUUAUCCAAACCUCUCAUCCACAGCCUCAGACUAUUUCUCCUUCGUGUUGUGUAACUGUGGCUUCUGAGGGUCAUGGGAAGAAGAGGUUCACGGAGCCUGGCAGCAAUUUUGACGGUGAUCGACGACACAAGCGUAUGAUCAAGAACCGGGAGUCAGCUGCUCGAUCAAGGGCUAGAAAGCAGGAAAGUCUCCUUUUAUACUCUUUUAUUGGCCUUUUUAUUAUCCUUUCUGAGCAAGAAGUGGCCCACCUGCUGGAAGAGAAUGCCAGGCUCAAGAAACAGCAACAACAGUUAUAUCUAGCAGCUGCUGCUGCUCAAGAUCCCACAAAGCAAACUCUCCGUCGAACAUCAACCGCUCCAUUUUGA